UCGCCUGCCCCAUGCCUGCCUUCUGGAGUCCAUUCCCAAGCUGCGGAGACUUCUGCCCCGAACAGUGUGCCCGCCCGCCCGCCAGCCAGCCAUGCUGGAGCUCCGGGGCCUUCUCUUGCUCUCCCUCCUGGUCAUCUGCCUAACGGGUUUCAGCUUCAUCAGAGGGCAAAAGGUGCGGUCCAAGCGCUGCGACGUGAAGACCAAGUUUAUAACUCACUCCCCCUGCACCACGUGCGCGGCCAUCAAGAAGCGGGCGUGUCCCUCGGGCUGGCUUCGGUAUUUCCCAGAGAAGAUAUCCCAAGAUUGCCGCUAUGAGGUCCAACUAGGGGAGUCUUUGGUGUCUUUGAGUGGCUGCAGCCGGGAGUGCUGGAAGGACGUGGUGCAGAAGGCCUGUUGUCCUGGCUACUGGGGGUCCCAGUGCUACGAGUGCCCCGGGGGUGCUGAGAGCCCAUGCAAUGGCCACGGGACCUGCCUGGAUGGCAUGGCUGGCAACGGGACCUGUGUAUGCCAGGCAAACUUCAGUGGCUCAGCUUGCCAGGACUGCCGAGAUCCCCAGAGAUUCGGACCUGACUGUCAAUCAGAGUGUAGCUGUGUGCAUGGUGUGUGCAACCACGGGCCACUGGGAAACGGGAAGUGCCAUUGCUUUGCUGGAUACACCGGCCCUCACUGUGACCAAGAGCUCCCGGUCUGCAAGAGCCUGAACUGCCCCCAGAACUCCCAGUGCUCUGCAGAGGAGCCUACUUGCAAGUGCUUGCCGGGCUACACCCAGGAGGGCAGCGUUUGCCUGGCUCCUGACCCCUGCAAGCCCGCCCCCUGCUCGCCGCUGGCCCGAUGCUUAGCGAGUCCCGAAGGUCAGGCUCAGUGCCACUGCCCUGACAAUUACCACGGUGAUGGGAAGGUGUGUCUACCCCAGGACCCAUGCACCAUCAAUUUCGGGGGCUGCCCCAGCAACUCCACCUCGUGUCUGUACCAGAGGCCAGGCAAGGCUGUCUGCACGUGUCAGCCAGGCCUCCUCAGUGUUAACAACAACGCCUCUGCGGGCUGCUUUGCCUUCUGCUUACCCCAUUCCUGUGACCAGUCAGCCACCUGCCAGGUGACCCCUGAUGGGAAGACCAGCUGUUUAUGUAAAGAGGGUGAGGUUGGGGACGGACGUGCCUGCUACGGACACCUGCUUCACGAGGUGCAGAGGGCCAACCAGAUAGGCCUGGUGUUCCUGCGGCUGAGAGUGGCCAUCGCCAUGCUGGAGCAGGGCUGCCAAGAGAUCCUCACUUCAUCAGGCCCAUUCACGGUGCUGGUGCCGUCCAUCUUUGUGUCCUCCAUCUCCCCCAGGACCAUGAAUGCGACACUUGCCCAGCAGCUCUGUAAACAGCACAUCAUCGCAGGACAGCACAUCUUGGAGGAUGUGGGGCCCCCAAGUACACGCCGGUGGUGGACGCUGGCUGGACAAGAGAUCACUGUCACUUACAACCGCUUGAGAUACACCUAUACGUACAAAGACCAACCUCAGCAGACAUUCACCAUCCACAAGGCCAACUACAUAGCAGCCAAUGGUGUUUUCCACGUGGUCACCACCCUACGGUGGCAACCCCCGCCAGCGCUCCCAGGGGACCCCAAGAAAACCAUUGGUCAGAUCCUUGCUUCUACUGAGGCCUUUAGCCGGUUUGAAACCAUCCUAGAGAACUGUGGGCUUCCCUCCAUUCUGGAUGGGCCGGGGCCCUUUACAAUCUUUGCCCCAAGCAACGAGGCUGUGGACAGCCUGCGAGACGGCCGUCUGAUCUACCUCUUCACGGCAGGCCUUUCCAAACUGCAGGAACUGGUUCGAUACCACAUCUGUAGUCACGGCCAACUGACAGCUGCGAAGCUCAUCUCCAAAGGACGAGUCCUCACCGUGGCUAACCAGGUCCUGACUGUGAAUGUCUCUGAGGAGGGCCGUAUUCUGCUAGGAUCUGAGGGCGUCCCCGUACGGAGCGUCGACGUGCUGGCGUCCAAUGGUGUGAUCCACAUGUUAGAUGGCAUCCUGCUGCCCCCAACCAUCCUGCCUAUCCUGCCCAAGCACUGUGAUGAGGAGCAGUACAAGAUUGUGAUGGGCUCCUGUGUGGACUGCCAUGCUCUGAACACCAGUGUGUGCCCUCCUAACAGUGUGAAGCUGGACAUCUUCCCCAAGGAGUGUGUCUACACCCACGACCCAACUGGGCUCAACGUGCUGAAGAAGGGCUGUGCCUACUACUGCAACCAGACCAUCACAAAACGUGGCUGCUGCAAAGGGUUUUUUGGGCCUGACUGUACACAGUGUCCUGGGGGCUUCUCCAAUCCCUGCUAUGGCAAAGGCAAUUGCAGUGAUGGUAUCCGGGGUAAUGGGGCCUGCCUCUGCUUCCCAGACUACAAGGGCAUCGCCUGCCAUAUCUGCUCCAACCCGAACAAGCAUGGAGAGCAAUGCCAGGAGGACUGCGGCUGUGUCCAUGGUCUAUGUGACAACCGUCCAGGCAGCAGGGGUGUGUGCCAGCAUGGUACAUGUGCCCCCGGCUUCCGAGGCAUCUUCUGCAACGAGUCCGUGGUGGAUUGUGGGCCCACAGGGCUGGCCCAGCUCUGUGACCUGCAUGCCCGCUGUGUUAGUCAGGGGGGCAGUGCCAGGUGCGUCUGCCUCGAUGGCUUUGAGGGGGACGGCUAUUCAUGCACACGCAGGAACCCCUGCUCCCACCCGGACCGUGGAGGCUGCUCAGAGAACGCUGAAUGUAUCUCUGGGGACCUGGGAAACUACCACUGCGCCUGCCACAAAGGUUGGAGUGGGGAUGGCCGUGUCUGUGUGGCCAUUGAUGAGUGCGGGCUGGACACUCGAGGAGGCUGCCACGCCGACGCCCUCUGCAGCUACGUGGGCCCUGGACAGAGCCGAUGCACCUGCAAACUGGGCUUUGCUGGAGAUGGCUACGCGUGCAGCCCCAUCGACCCCUGCCGGCUGGGCAACGGCGGCUGUCACGACCUGGCCACCUGCCAGGCAGUUGGGGGAGGUCAGCGGGUCUGCACGUGCCCCUCUCAUUUUGGGGGCGAUGGCUUCAGCUGCUAUGGAGACAUCUUGCGGGAACUAGAGGCAAACGCGCACUUCUCUGCCUUCUCCCAGUGGUUUAAGACCGCUGGGAUCACUCUUCCUGCCAACAGCAGGGUGACUGCCCUGGUGCCCUCUGAGUCUGCCAUUCGCAGGCUGAGUCCCGAGGAGCGAGCCUUCUGGCUGCAGCCGAAGACGCUGCCGCAUCUGGUCAGGGCCCAUUUUCUCCAGGGUGCCUUCUCCGAGGAGGAGCUGGCUGGACUCAGUGGGCAGGAAGUGGCCACACUGAACUCCAAGACCCGCUGGGAGAUCUGCAACAUCAGUGGGAGGGUGUGGGUGCAGAACGCCAGCGUGGAUGUGGCUGACCUCCUCGCCACCAAUGGUGUCCUACACAUCCUCGGCCAGGUCUUGCUGCCCCCACGACAGGAAGUGCAGGCCGGGCCAGGUCUGCUACAGCAGCUAGAUUCCGUGCCUGCUUUCCACCUGUUCCGGGCGCUGCUGCAGCACCACAAGUUAGUGGGCCAGAUUGAGGCUGCCACUGCCUGUACCAUCUUUGUGCCUACAAACCACUCCCUGGAAGCCCAGGGCAACAGCAGCAGCCUGGACAUAGACAUAGUGCGACACCACGUGAUUCUGGGAGAAGCGCUUUCCCUGGAGGCCCUGCGGAAGGGGGGACACCGCAACUCCCUGCUGGGCCCCACCCACUGGCUGGUCUUCUACAACCACAGCGGCCAGCCUGAGGUAAACCACGUGCCACUGGAGGGCCCCUUGAUGGAGGCCCCUGGCUGCUCCCUGUUCGGCUUGUCUGGGAUCCUGACGGUGGGCUCUAGCCGCUGCCUACACAGCCACGCGGAGGCCCUGCGGGAGAAAUGUGUGAACUGCUCCCGGAGGUUCCGCUGCACCCAGGGCUUCCAGCUGCAGGACACACCUAGGAAGAGCUGUGUCUACAGAUCUGGCCUUUCCUUUUCCCGGGGCUGUUCCUACACGUGUGCCAAGAAGAUCCAGGUACCCGACUGCUGCCCUGGCUUCUUUGGCACACUAUGUGAACCAUGCCCAGGGGGCUUGGGUGGUGUGUGCUCGGACCACGGGCAGUGCCAGGACAGGCUCCUGGGCAGUGGGGAGUGCCACUGCCGUGAGGGUUUCCACGGAACCGCCUGUGAAAUGUGCGAGCUGGGUCGCUAUGGGCCCACCUGUGCUGGAGUGUGUGACUGCGUCCACGGACUGUGCCAGGAGGGACUUCGAGGGAAUGGAAGCUGUGUCUGUAAUGCGGGUUGGCAGGGCCCUCGCUGCGACCAGAAAAUCACUGGCCUGCAGUGUCCCAAGAAGUGUGACCCUAAUGCCAACUGUGUGCAGGACUUGGCUGGAGCACCCGCCUGCGUCUGUGCGGCAGGAUACCUGGGCAACGGCAGCUACUGCUCAGAGGUGGACCCCUGUGCCUCUGGCCAUGGCGGCUGCUCACUCCAUGCCAACUGCACCAAAGUGGCACCGGGCCAGCGGACGUGCAUCUGCCAGGAUGGCUACACAGGCGACGGGGAGCUGUGCCAUGAAAUCAACAGCUGUCUUGUCCACCAUGGAGGCUGCCACGCUCACGCUGAAUGCAUACCUACCGGUCCCCAGCAGGUCUCCUGCAACUGCCGUGAGGGCUUCAGCGGUGAUGGCAUUCGGACCUGUGCCCUUCUGGACCCUUGCUCCCAGAACAACGGAGGCUGCAGUCCUUAUGCAGUGUGCAAAAGCACAGGGGACGGCCAGAGGACGUGCACCUGUGAUGCAGCCCACACUGUGGGGGAUGGCUUGACCUGUCGUGCCCGAGUUGGCCUGGAGCUCCUCCGGGACACGUCUGCCUCAUUCUUCAGUGUUCACCUCCUGGAAUAUAAGGAGCUCAAGGGCGACGGCCCUUUCACUGUCUUUGUGCCUCACGCAGAUCUAAUGACCAACCUGUCACAGGGUGAGCUGGCUAGGAUUCGGGCACACCGCCACAUGGUGUUUCGCUACCACGUGGUUGGCUGCCAGCAGUUGAAGAGCCAGGAGCUGCUGGACCAGGGAUAUGCCACUGCACUUUCCGGACAUACGUUGCGUUUCAGUGAGAGGGAGGGCAGCAUAUAUCUCAAUGACUUCGCACGUGUGGUUAGCAGUGACCACGAGGCAGUGAACGGUGUCCUGCACUUCAUUGACCAAGUCCUGCUGCCUCCAGAUGUGCUUCACUGGGAGGCUGAUACUACCCUGGUCCCUCGGAGAAAUAUUACUGCCGCUGCAGAGACCUUCGGGUACAAAAUCUUCAGUCACCUUGUGACGGUGGCCGGCCUGUUGCCCAUGCUUCAAGAUGCAUCCCACUGGCCCUUCACGAUGCUAUGGCCCACCGAUUCUGCCCUGCAAGCCUUACCUCCUGAUCGGCAGGCCUGGUUAUACCAUGAAGACCACCGUGAGAAACUGGCAGCCAUUCUUCGAGGACAUAUGGUCCGCAACAUUGAGGCCCUGGCAUCUGACUUGCCCAACCUGGGCCCACUCCGAACCAUGUAUGGGACUCCCAUCUCCUUCUCCUGCAGCCGUACCCGACCUGGUGAGCUCAUGGUGGGUGAAGACGAUGCCCACAUUGUGCAGAGGCACUUGCCUUUUGAAGGUGGCCUGGCCUAUGGCAUCGACCAGCUGCUAGAGCCACCUGGCCUUGGUGCCCGCUGUGACCGCUUUGAGACCCGGCCACUUCGAAUGAAGACUUGCAGCAUCUGUGGGCUGGAGCCGCCCUGCCCUCGGGGCUCACAGGAGCAGGGCAGCCCUAAAGUCUGCUGGCGUUACUACUCGAAGCUCUGGACAACUCCACCGCUACAUUCCCUGGCACUGGACAGCGUCUUGAUGCGUUCUAGCCUCUGGGGCCAGCCCCAGCGCCUGGUCAAGGGCUGCCAGCGAAACUGUGUCGCCGUGGCCUGGAAGCCCAGCUGCUGCCCUGGUCAUUAUGGCAGUGAAUGCCAAGCUUGCCCUGGUGGCCCCAGCAGCCCUUGCAGCAACCACGGCGUGUGCCUGGAUGGCAUGAGUGGCAGUGGGCAGUGCAGAUGCCAUUCAGGUUUUGCUGGGACAGCCUGUGAACUCUGUGCCCCUGGUGCCUUUGGACCUCAUUGUCAAGCCUGCCGCUGCACCCCCCACGGUCAAUGUGACCAGGGCCUCGGGGGCUCUGGCUCCUGCUUCUGUGAGGAAGGCUGGACUGGGCCACGCUGCGAGGUGCAGCUCGAGUUGCAGCCCGUGUGUACUCCACCCUGUGCACCUCAGGCCACGUGCCGCGCGGGCAACAGCUGUGAGUGCAGCCUGGGCUAUGAAGGCGAUGGCCGCGUUUGCACAGUGGCAGACCUGUGUCAGAAGGGGCACGGGGGCUGCAGCGAGCACGCCGACUGCCGCCAGGUGGGCACGGCGGUCACCUGCGCCUGCUUGCCGGACUACGAGGGCGACGGCUGGAGCUGCCGGCCCCGCAACCCCUGCCUGGAGGCGCAGCACGGGGGCUGCAGCGAGCACGCCGACUGCCUCAACACGGGCCCGAAUACCCGGCGCUGUGAAUGCCGCGCGGGCUACGUGGGUGACGGGCUGCAGUGCCUGGAGGAGGCUGAGCCCCCCGUGGACCGCUGCUUGGCCCAGCCAUCGCCUUGCCACACAGAUGCCGUGUGCACCGACCUACACUUCCAGGAGAAACGUGCUGGCGUCUUCCACCUUCAAGCCCCCAGUGGCCCCAGAGGCCUGACCUUCUCGGAGGCGGAGGCGGCUUGUGAGGCCCAGGGAGCAGACCUGGCUUCACUCCCUCAGCUCUCUGCUGCUCAGCAGCUGGGCUUCCACAUCUGCCUCGUGGGCUGGCUGGCCAACGGCUCUGCUGCCCACCCGGUGGUCUUCCCUGCGGCAGACUGCGGCGACGGUCGCGUGGGUGUGAUCAGCCUGGGCGUCCGGACGAACCUCUCAGAGCGCUGGGAUGCUUACUGCUUCCGUGAGCAAGACGUGGCUUGCCAGUGUCGAGUUGGUUUCGUGGGCGACGGGAUAAGCACGUGUAACGGAAAGCUGCUGGACGUGCUGGCUGCCACCGCCAACUUCUCCACCUUCUAUGGGAUGCUGCUUGGCUAUGCCAAUGCCACCCAGCAGGGUCGAGACUUCCUGAACUUCCUGGAGGAUGAGCUCACUUACAAGACACUCUUCGUCCCAGUCAAUGAGGGCUUUGUGGACAACAUGACACUGAGCGGCCCAGACCUGGAGCUGCACGCUUCCAAUGCCACUUUCCUGAGCGCCAAUGCCAGCCGGGGGACCCUGCUUCCCGCCCACUCAGGCCUCAGCCUCAUCGUCAGCGAUGUGGGCCCUGGCAACAGCUCUUGGACUCACGUGGCCCCAGGGGCAGUUGUGGUCAGCCAUGUCAUCGUGUGGGACAUCAUGGCCUUCAAUGGCAUCAUCCACGUUCUGGCCAGCCCUCUCCUCACACCCCCACUGACUGGGGCGGUGUUGGCCCGCCAGGCCCCACCGGUAGCAGCGAGUGUGGGGGCCGUGGUGGCUGCGGGCACACUGCUGGGACUGGUAGCUGGAGCCCUCUACCUGCGUGCCCGAGGCAAGCCCAUGGGCUUUGGCUUCUCUGCUUUCCAGGCAGAGGACGAUGCAGAUGAUGACUUCUCUCCAUGGCAAGAGGGGACCAGCCCGACCUUGGUUUCUAUCCCCAACCCUGUCUAUGGCAGCAACGAUGCCUUCUUUGAGCCUUUUGAUGACUCACUCCUGGAAGAGGACUUUCCUGACACCCAGAGGAUCCUUACAGUCAAGUGACAAGCACACGGAAGGAAGAUCACAUUUAUUACUUGUUUGUCUGGAUGGCUGGGAGGGGCUGGAGGGAAUGGUAGUCUGUCAUGGACAAUAAAAAUGCCCUCAGCGGAUAUGGGCCAUGUCACCAAGAAA